UCCUCAGGCCACUGCUGCUCGAGCGACGUACCAGACGAGCCAGUUUUUUCUGUCCACCGCACUGCACGCCACACACUCGUUAAGCCAGUGCCAACACGAGAAGUCGCCACUAAUAAAUUACUGUUUUUUACUGCACUCGUAACAGUCACCGCCGCGCACUCGACUAAAUUAUACCUACGUUAAAAUAAAAAUUAAUCAGCAAAGCCCCAGUUGUUAGCGCCAAAUACAGCGCUGUAGCCCCGCCCGUCUCACGCGUCGCACCAUAGAUCAGACAAAAUGUUCGCUGUGAUGCAGAUCGACGAGGAUCACACUAGGGACUUCAGGCGUAAACUUCGUCCGAAGUGCGAGUUCGUCUGCAAGUAUUGCCAACGCCGUUUUACGAAGUCAUAUAAUCUGAUGAUACACGAAAGAACCCAUAAGAGCCCGGAGCUAACCUUCAGUUGCGAAGUCUGCGGCAGGAGUUUUAAGAGGCAGGACAACCUACGUCAGCACAGAUGUAGUCAAUGCUUGUGGCGGUGAAGGUGACGGAGUAAGCACGAUCCUACUACAGCGGUCUCUCUUACACAAUAGAAGAAAUUCACUACAACUCAACAAAAGAGAGUACCGUGUAUGUCAGAUGGUGAUAAAUCGUCUAUUGCAUUACUACGUCAUCGCAUUUAACAUUCCGGAGUAACAUUUUACGUAACAGUAUUCGUGCUUUAUCAUUAACGACACCAGAAUGGGAUAUGGCAAUGAGAUUUGGAUUUGAAAUUUCGAUUCAAUUGCAAAUAUAAAUUUGAAAUCAGAUGGUAUCGAACGUAAAUACGUGGCCAUUUAUUUAAUCUUAAAUUUCAAACAUAUUUUUCGUUUUCUUGGUUACGGUAAUCAAACGUCUUGUUAGAGCUUAUUUUGCAUUUAAAAGCUCAUGAGAUCAUUUUUUUCGAUCGGAAUUUAUAAAAUGUAUUUAUAAAAUGUAAUGAUUGCUUUUUUAAUUUAAGAAUUUAAUGGUCACGUAUGAACAUAUUCUGAAAUGUAAUCUUUGUGAUAUUAUAAUGGAGAGUAGAUCCGUCUUCGUAGGAUAUGGUGAUAGAGUUUGGUUAUUAUAUUUGUUUGUGGAAUUAAUGUUCGAACAGAAUUAAUAUUUUUUAAUACUGGAUUAUAAUAUUAUUUUUGGAUUGGAUUAAUAUAUAUAUAUAUAUAUUGAUAGUCUUUAAGUGUAUAUUUGAAGGUAAUUAUCUCUAAUGACACAAGCUAUUUUCAAUUCAAUGUCUUGAGUCUGACGCAUAGGGAUAUUUAGCUCUUAAAAAAAGUGUCGCUUUUGCUUUUCCAAUUAUCUUUUGGAUGAUAUAUGAGACAAUUCUGUUUGAAAAUUUAUUUCUUGACAAUAUAAGAACAUUCUGGUAAAUUGUAAAUAGUAUUUAUUAGGUUUAGAGAUGGUAGCAUUUAAACAGCUUCACUGCUUAUCUAUUUUGUAAAUUAAAAUAAUAUUUAUGACAUUAUUUAAUAUACUGUUUUUAUUGUAAGUUUCUAAUAAUUAGAACAUACAUUUCUGGAGUAGGUUUGAGGAAAUUUAAGAGUACGGUAUUAAGAAUUUAUUUCAACAUUAUUCAUGAAACAUUCCAUUAGUUUGGUUACAAAUAUAUAUUUGGGUUGAUCCAUAAGUUUAUGAAUGGGUGAGAAGUGUUUUAUCUCAAAUAUUCAUUUUAUUUAAUAAAUUACUGCCAUGAAAUACUUGUAAAUGAAAAUCAAUUGUUGCCUUAAUUUUUGUAUACAUAGAACAGGUUAAAAAUGAUUUUUUAACUACUAUUAUUAAUUUUUUUUAAUAAAUUUCACAAUUCAUUAACUAUCAGAGGACUACGGCUAAAUAAAUAAAAGUAUUGUUACUAAUAAUAAGUUUUUAUGAUUUCAACGCUGCGCUUCGGAAAUCAAAUUUACGAUAUUCAAUUUCUUACUUCAAUUACUUUUCAGUACUUGGCCGUUUUUCCUUUAAUAAAUAAAUUGAAACAAGAAUGCAAAUAUUUACAUCAAAGUGAAAUAAUCAAGAACAUAUUAUUAGAAACUUGUUAAUAACAUCUUAUUAUUAUUAUUUGCUAUAUUGCAAUAAUUGGCUUCCAUAUGUAACUUUACCAUAUUUCGAUGUUUUAGCGAAACAUGCGGUAAGGUUAAAAAUUUUAAUUUCAGUUGUCUAUAUGAUAUAUAUGUAUAUGGACUGUCAUAUACGACAGUGAAACAGCUUACGUAUGUUUUAAUAAUAAUAUUGUAACAUAUAUGUUAUACUUACAUGAUUUGAAAAGUCUAAGAUAAGAAACUUGAUCGAUAAGUGUAGUCAAUAUUAAAUUUACUGGUUCAUUAGAUUCUGAAAUAAUUUUACAAUUUUGUUAUCGAAAAUAAUAAUAACACAUAUUAUUAACUACUAUUAAAAAGAAGCCGUUAUUUGCCGUGUGGUUCCCGGCACCAAUAGAAAAAAAGAAUAGGACCACUCCAUCUCUUUCCCAUGGAUGUCGUAAAAGGCGACUAAGGGGUAGGCUUAUAAACUUGGGAUUCUUCUUUUAGGCAAUGGGCUACCAACGUGUCACUAAUUGAAUCUCAAUUCCAUCUUAAAGCCAAACAGCUGAACGUGGCCUAUUAGUCGUUACAAGACUGUUGGCUCAGUCUACCCCGCAAGGGAUAUAGACGUGAUUAUAUGUAUGUAUUAAAAAGAAGAGUACAGAAUACCAAUUACUGAAUUUAUACACGAACAGAACAAAUAAUCCUGUUAACUAAGUAUUGUAUGGUUUUCAGAUUUUGUUGUUCUAUUCAUGAUCUACAAUCCAAUAUUAAUUAAAAUCUUAGAAAAUCAUGUGUGAUGACAUAAAGUGGUACCUAAAUAAAGUUCCAAGUGCCAAUUAACAGACAGAAUACGUCUGUCGGUAGCCAUAUUUUAAUAUAAUAUUUUUUUAGAUUUAUACAAUUAUGUCUACGUUACGUCAUAUAUGUAUCAAUUUCAAUAUAUUAUGUAGAUCAGUACCUAAUAAAUGAUUGAUCA